AUGGAACGCGGUGAGCUCGAGGCCGAGUUCGAACGCGUCCAAUCGUCCUUCUCCGACCCGCCGCUGUUCAGGCUCCUCACCACCGAUCCCGCCGACCUAAACCCGAACACGAGCGGCAACGCGGGAUGCGUCUCGCUGCGCGACAUCGUCUCCGGCCCCGUGCGAUGGUGCGUCGUGAUGAACUUCAUGAUCGACCUUCCGUGGCUGCUCUCCCCCGACGGAUGCCCGGAGCUGUUGCGAAUCCCCAAGGUGGUGUGGAUCGGGGACGAGCGGUCAUCGCCGACGCCGAGAGAUCCGGAAUUUCUCCGACUGAAAGGCGAGCGAGACUGGACCGUCGUCAACCCGCCGUGCCCAAAGUUCGGCACGCACCACACCAAGUGCUUCAUACUGGUGUACGACACCGGCGUGAGGGUGUGCGUGCACACCGCGAACCUCAUACACGGCGACGUGCGCAAGCGAACCAACGCGGCUUGGUGCCAGGAUUUUCCAAACAAGUCCGCCGCCCACCUCGGACGGUCGAGCGAGUUCGAACGCGACCUCGGACGGUACCUCGCGACGCUCGGGUGGAAGGACGAGACGUGCGCGUUGCCCGGCGCGGGCGGCGACGUCGUCGUCGGACCGUCCGCGAUGUCUCGGUUCGACUUUUCGGGCGCGGGGGCCAAGUUGAUUGCCUCGGUGCCCGGCCGCUGGGUCGGAUCGGCGAUGAUGAACUACGGACAUACCUCCGUGCGUCACGCGCUGGCGGGGAUGACGUUCCCGGGCGUGUUCAAGCGCGCGCCCGUGGUGUGCCAGUUCACGAGCGUCGGGGCGACGACGGAGAAGUGGAUGGGGGAGAUGGCGCGGAGCUUUGGCGCGGGGGCGACGGAAACGGACGACGCGAAUGAAUGGCCCGGGGGUCCCUGCCUCGGCGACGGGGAUCUGCGGCUGGUGUGGCCGACGAUGGGCGAAGUGCGCGGGUCGAACCUCGGGUACGUCACCGGCGGAUCCAUCCCGGGCGCGACGGACAAGAUAUCUCGCGAGCACGUGAGACGCCGGCUGCACAGGUGGCGCGGGGACGUCGGGGCGACGCGGGGGACGAAACUACUCGACCACCCGCCGGCGUCGACCGACCCGACGGGGCGCGGACGCGUGAUGCCGCACGUCAAGACCUUCGCCCGGUACGCCCCAAACGCGCCGCACCACCUCGCGUGGGUCAUCGUCGGAUCGCACAACCUGUCGGGCGCGGCGUGGGGUCGCCUGGAGAAGAACGAGACGCAAAUCGCGAUUUUAUCGUACGAGCUCGGCGUCUUACUCUCGCCGCGUUCGAUUGGCAAAACGAGGGUUGCCGCGCCGUUCACGUGCACCCCCGGGGCGGUGAGUCACCGCGGCGAGGUGGUGCCGCGCUGCCUCGGCGGCGUUCGCAUAUCGGCGGCGAGCGACGACGGGCCCGGCGACUCACCGCCCGGUGACUCGCGCGAGUUUGUCGCGUUCGCGCCGCUGCCCUACCGCGUCCCGCCCGUCCCGUACGCGCCGUCGGAUGCGCCGUGGGCGGUGGACGCGUGGGACGAGACGCCGGAUAAGUACGGCCGCGUCAUGCGGGGCGGGAUCGCCGACCGGUUCAACGCGAGUUGA